AUGCAGAGUUUGGUUCAUGAUGCUUUUGGAGUUCCACAUGAAGAUGGAUAUACUCAAGAUCACACUACUUCGAUAGAUGCAGAGAUUGCUAAUGGGCAAGCAGGAGAAUUUUACAAGUUAAUUGAUGCUUCACAACAACAGUUAUAUGAAGGAUGUGAGAAAUUUUCAAAACUAUCGUUCAUAAUCCGUUUGCUACACUUAAAGUAUCUUGGGAGAUUGAGCAAUAAGGUGUUUGAUAUGUUGUUGCAAUUAUUAACAGAAGCCUUUCCAAAUGCCAUGGAUGGUCUACCGAAGUCUUAUUAUGAAUCUGAAAAAUUGAUGAAAGAACUAGGGCUUGGUUAUGAGAAAAUUGAUGUUUGUCCGAAUGAUUGCACUUUAUAUUGGGGGAUGAAUGAAAGAAGAAUUUCAUGUGACACAUGCCAUGAGCUAAGAUGGCGUACUUCUAAUAAAGAUACUACGGGUGAGAAAAGGAAGAUUGCACAAAAGGUGUUGUGGUAUUUUUCUCUCAAACCAAGGUUGCAAAGAUUGUUCAUGUCUGCGAAGACGGCUUCCCAUAUGAGAUGGCACGCAGAAGGCCGUACGAAGGAUGGGUAUAUGAGACAUCCCGCUGAUUCCCCAGCAUGGAGCACUUUUGAUAGCUUGCAUCCUGAUUUUGCUAAGGAAUGUCGCAAUGUUCGAUUGGGAUUAGCAUCUGAUGGAAUUAAUCCAUUCAAAAAUAUGAGUGUGUCACACAGCACAUGGCCUGUUAUACUGAUUCCUUAUAACCUUCCUCCAUGGAUGUGCAUGAAAGAACCCUACUUUAUGUUAUCUCUAUUGAUUCCUGGUCCAUUAGCACCUGGGAACGAUAUUGAUAUUUAUUUGCAACCUCUAAUUGUUGAGAUAAAGGAUUUGUGGGAACUAGGAGUUGAAACGUAUGACGCAUCAAAAAAGCAAAAUUUUCAGUUACGUGCUUCACUACUAUGGACAAUUAGUGAUUUUCCAGGAUAUGGAUAUUUGUCGGGAUGGACUACCCAAGGGGAAUUUGCAUGCCCAGUUUGUAAUAGACAAACUCAUUCAAUUAGAUUGAAAAAUGGUGGAAAGCAUUGCUAUAUGGGUCAUCGAAAGUUUCUACCCAAAGAACAUGAGUUUCGGAAGAACAAACGACUCUUUGAUGGCACGGCUGAGUAUGGAGAAGCACCGCAACCAUUAUCAGGUGAUAUGGUGAUGGAUGAACUAAAAGACUUCUCAAUUUUAUUUGGUAAGCUGAUUAAAGAUAAACCAAAGUUUUUGAACUGGAAAAAGAAGAUUAUAUUUUUUGAGUUGCCAUACUGGAAAGAUAUAUUUUUUGAGUUGCCAUACUGGAAAGAUAAUGUUGUGGAACCUAGAUUUCAUGCAUACAGAGAAAAAUAUUUGUGA